AUGCUUCCUUCAAUCAUUUCGCUGGCCCUGUUGCCACUCCUGGCACAGGCGCAGAAGCCUCAGUAUCCUCCGGCCUUCCCGCCUACGCCAGCUCGUCCUAUGAUCCCGGCGACAGCAAACUACGCGUGAGUGCAAGAUGUGGAGGGGGAAAGCCCGUUGCUCACCUUGCUUGCAACAGACCAAGCGUUACGCCUAAUGUCAACGACCUGACAGCUCCAAAUGCGCAAUGUAAGUCGUAUUAUGCCUAUCCGGCGGCGAUUUCUCAUAGCUUGUCAGCGAAAUGCCCCGGAUACACCGCCUCGAACGUCAAGGAGAGCGACAAAGGUGUCACUGCAGAUUUGACCAUGGCCGGGCCCGCCUGCAACGUCUACGGAAACGACAUCGAACACCUCACUUUGGAUGUGGAGUACCAAAGCAAAGAGCGCCUCGCAGUCCGCAUCUUUCCCAAGUACCUCGCGCCAUACAACGAAUCGCUGUACAUGCUCUCGGAAUAUCUGACUCCGUUACCAAGUCAAGAAGCGAAUGCCAGUAAAUCUACCAGUGAUCUUCAGUUCACUUGGAGCAACGAACCCAGCUUCCAAUUUCGCAUCUCCAGGACAAGCUCCGGGGAAGUCAUCUUCGACACAUACGGCAGUAAUAUCAUCUUCGAAGACCAGUUUCUGGAACUUACGACUGCCAUGGUGCCCAACUACAACAUCUAUGGAUUGGCAGCGUAUAUUCAUUCCUUCAGACUCGGUAACAAUUUCACUCAAACAUUCUGGAACGCGUACAAUCUCGACAAUGAUCAGGAGAUUGACGUCAAUGGUCAUGACACGCACCCAAUGUAUCUGGAGACCCGCUAUGGUAACGGAACUUCGACCUCUCAUGGCGUGUACGCUCGCAAUGCACAUGGUCAAGAUUGGCUUCUUCGCAACGAGCGAGUCACUUACAGGACCAUCGGAGGCAGUUUCGACUUCUACUUCUUGAGCGGACCCACGCCGAAGCAAGCCAUCGCACAGUAUCAUACCGGUAUUGUUGGUACACCUGGCAUGCAACCAUACUGGGCCCUCGGUUUCCACCAAGUUCGUUGGGUAAGUUGAAGUUCUCCCUCCCGAUAUCCACCACCACUGCUGACUCUCGAUGUAGGGAUACCAGAACUGGACCAACCUGCAGGACGUCAUCGACCUGUACGCUCAGCAAAACAUCCAACUGGAGUCAGUCAUGAGUGAUCUCGAUUAUCUCUUAGUCGAUCGGAUCUUCACGCUCAAUCCAGGUCAUUAUGAUCUUGAACCAGGUCGAGAGUUCUUGGCGCGCCUGCAUGCCAACGGUCAAUACUGGGUGCCUAUUCUCGAUCCCAAUGUCUACAUUCCAAACCCGCAAAACGCCAGUGAUGCUUACCCUACUUACGACCGAGGGGCUGCCUUGAACGCCUAUGUUCGCAAAGACAAUCAGAGUUUCUACGAGGGGGAUGAAUGGCCAGGCUACAGCGUGUUCCUGGAUGCUGCACCAGGAACGAAUGGCGAGAAGUUCUGGACCGACGAGAUCAAGAGAGUAAGAUUAAGAAAUGACACGAUAGAAUGUCACUGACCGUUCUCCAGUUCCAUGACUUGAUCUCAUUCGACGGCUUCUGGCUCGAUGUCGCCGAUGCAACCUCGUUCUGCACGGGAAGCUGUGGCACGGGGAACAUUGCUAACAACCCAGCGCACGUCCCCUUUGCUCUUCCAGGCGACCCAAACACUUCCAUCGCAGUCGAUUAUCGCUACCCGGAGAUGUUCCAGAUCACCAAUGCCUCUGAAGCAGCCUCAGCUAGUGCAGCAGCCGCUUCGCAAUCCGCGGCGUAUCCCAGUACAAGUGCCACGCCUACUCCUGUCCUUGGACGUACAUUGCCAACUCCAGGCGUCAGGAACCUGACCUACCCUCCAUACGCCAUCAACAACUUCUUGCCCGGCCAUUCGCUCCAAAAGCAGGUCAUCUCUCCCGAUGCAACCCACAACGAUGGUCCUUACAACAGCACGGAAUAUGAGUUGCACAAUCUCUACGGCCACACUUCUGGCAAUGCGACCUACAACGCCCUCACAACGCUCUACAACGGGAAACGCCCCUUUUUCAUCCUCCGCAGCACAUUCGCUGGCAGUGGCCAAUUCGCAGGCCACUGGGGAGGCGACACCAACUCCAAAUGGGGAAACAUGUACUACGGCAUCCCAGAGGCCCUACAAAUGAGCAUCGCCGGAAUUCCCUUCUUCGGCGUCGAGACCUGCGGUUUCAACGGCAAUUCCGACGAGGAACUCUGCACAAGAUGGAUGCAAUUGAGCGCGUGGUACCCGAUGUACCGUAACCACAACAACCGCAACACCAUCGCGCAAGAGGCGUACAUCUGGGCUACGACGGCGCAGAGCACCCGCAUCAUCAUGAACAUCCGAUACUCGCUCUUGCCGUACACGUACACUCUGUUCCACCAAGCGCACACCGUGGGCCAGACAGUCCUCCGCGCCCUCGCAUGGGAAUUCCCCGACGAGCCUCAACUCGCCGCCGUGGAGACGCAGUUCAUGUCCGGGCCCGCGCUGCUCAUCACGCCCGUCCUCGCCCCUCUGGCUACGACGGUACAGGGCGUCUUCCCGGGUAUCGCAGCAGGAACCGUGUGGUACGACUUCUACGACUACCAGAAAGUCAACGCGACGCCCGGUCAGAACGUCACUCUGGACGCACCCAUCACCCACCAACCCAUCCACAUCCGCGGAGGCUACAUCAUCCCCACCCAGAAGCCCGGAAACACCACCAAGACUUCGCGUCUCAACCCGUGGAAUAUCAUCGUCGCGCUGGAUGAGGAGUCCCAAGCCAGCGGGACGCUGUUCCUCGACGAUGGCAUCUCGCUGGUGCAGAGCGCGACCAAGACUGUGGACUUCCGCUUUACCAAUGACACUUUCUACGCGAAGCCUAGCGGUCAGUACCAGGAUGGCAAUCCGUUGGCGAACAUUACCAUCGCUGGCUACACGGGAGCGUGCCCUCGGAGCGUGUGCGUCACGAUCGGUGGGAGGGACUGCGGCAGCGAGGCCUCGGGAGUGAAGGCAUCCUGUGAUGGUAAGGCGUUGUACAUCACCGGGUUGGAGACCAUCACGAAGCAAGCCGGAGGAGCAUGGGCAGAGGAUCUGGUGGUCUCGCUGGACGGCCCGUCUUGUGGUAACAAGCAGUGGGGCCAGGGUGGUGGCAAUGAAGGCUGGUGGAACCACCACGAAGGAGGUUGGUAG